CAAGAUCACUGAGAAAACGGGAUCAAAAUAUUUCUCUUCGUAAUCGUCUCUCUCCAUCUUUUCCCUGAUAUAGCAAAUUGAAAGCCUCAGCAAAAAAAAAAGAAGAAGAAGAAGAGAAGAAAAAGUGGAGGGGUGUGUGUAAAAAGGAAUUUCAACAGAAAGAACAAGACAAGAAUGGAUUGGUUUCAUUGCAACCAGUGUUUCCGAAAAGAUGGGGCCCAUUUCUUUGUCACGAGCUGUGGCCAUAUUUUCUGUAAAAAAUGUGUGACUCUGGAAAAAUGUGCUGUUUGUGGAACUGCCUGCAAGCAUCUGGCUCUAUCUGAUAAUCUAAAACCUCAGGAGAAGAUGUUCUUCAGAAGCCCUGUGGAGACAGCUUUGCAGUAUUUUAGUCACAUCUCUCAGGUGUGGAGUUUCCAGAAGAAACAAACAGAUCUCCUCAUUGCCUUUUAUAAGCAUAGACUUACAAAGUUAGAAGCAGCCAUGCAGGAGGUCCAGCAAACAGUGGCCAGCCAGGACAAAGAACUGUCAGUCUUAAGGAAGGAAAAUGGAGAACUGAAGAAGUUACUAGCCAUCCUAAAGGAGUCUCCAGGCCGGUACCAAGGAAGCAGGUCAACCACACCUCGACCAGUGGGCAUCACUUCCCCAUCACAGUCAGUUACUCCAAGACCCAGUUCUCAGCAUAGUGGCCAAGUGGUCAGUCGUUCCUCCUCAGUGGAGUCAAUCUCUUACAGAGUGGCUGGUUUGGGUACUUUGGGACAAGGAGGCAGAGGCCUGCAGGGAAGGAGCACUCCCAGAGACUCUUACACUGAAACUCCUUCACCAGCUUCCACUCACAGCCUGUCUUAUAGACCUUCAUCUGCCUCCUCUGGACAGGGGAUUUUUUCUUUCAUACCGUCCCUAAAUGGUGGGGAUUCAGGCCACACAAGACUUCUCACCCCUAACAAUUCAGGUCAGAGGGAGAUCAGAACCCCACUAGAGAGUGUUCCUGAUUCCCAGCUAUCGGUCCUGCAGACUGUCUACCAACAACAGAGGCAAAUGGGAUUACCCAGGGGGAGAGAAGCAUGGACCACCCCCAGAUAGACCAUCUUCAAUGUCUGAUCUAUACACACUGCUGAAGGACGGACUGUAGCAUCCAGUAUCCAUUAGGGGUGAAGGCUUUUGAAAAUGUACCCCUGCCUUGUUUCCUGGUGUCAUUCUGUACCUUAGUCUCUCUUGAUUUUUACCCCUUACACGCUCUAUCAUCUCUCAGGAAAAGUGGUCAGUCCUUACAUAAGGCUAGUCUUUGGGAAGUGCUUAUGUUUCUAUCACAAGAGAGAGGUAGCUCCCUACAUUUCUACAACUUGAAACAAAGGUUGUUAAAACAAUUCUUAGCAUCAUUGCAGGGGGAGGGAUAAUAAACUUAUC